GCAGGGUUUAUCCGUCUGCAGCCAGUGAGGCAUUGGCAGGGGCGGGGCUCGCCGUAUCAUUAGAGCUGCUGGGAUGUAGACGGAUGCUGGAGAACAUCCGUGGAGCUGUCAUUAUUCUGCAUCUGCCCACAUGAUGCGUUUGCCGUGGAGAUCAGCGGCAUAAGCCUGACAUAGGGACAUAUCGGGACGUGAGCUUGUAUCCAAGUAGAGGGAAGCCAUGUCACAUAUGCUGCAAGCCACGGAGCGGGUUAAAUGGGGCAACAAGGAGACAGCCUUAAAGAGGGCCGCUUUUCUGUUGGCUGCAGCAUACGGACUGAAGACCUUAUACCCCAUCCUCAGCAGACUGCUCCGGCGGAAGGAGCGCAGCCCUUGCAAGCACAGCACCCAGGGCAGGGACAGCGGCCACGCUCCCUCCUCCCCGGCUGUCAAUGCGGAAUUCUACCGGCAGCUUGUGGAGCUCGGGAAGGUCCUGUUCCCUAAGCUGGUGAGUAAGGAGCUGGGGCUGCUGUCCGUGCACUCCUUAGCGCUGAUCUCCAGGACCUUCCUGUCGGUGUAUGUGGCCGGACUGGAUGGGAAGAUAGUGAAGAGCAUCGUGGAGAAGAAUCCCAGGAGCUUCCUGCUGCAGCUGAUCAAAUGGCUCCUGAUCGCCAUCCCUGCCACCUUUGUCAAUAGUGCAAUCCGCUACCUGGAAUGUAAGCUUGCGCUGGCGCUGCGCACCCGGCUGGUGGACCAUGCCUACCAGACUUACUUUACCGAUCAGACCUACUACAAAGUCAUUAACAUGGACGGCAGGCUGGCCAACCCCGACCAGUCCCUCACUGAGGAUAUCAUGAUGUUCUCCCAGUCUAUAGCACACUUGUAUUCCAACCUGACUAAACCCAUCCUGGACGUGGGGCUGACAUCAUACACCCUCAUCCAGACUGCCAGAUCAAGAGGAGCUAAUCCCCUGGGGCCUACACUGCUGGCCGGCCUGGUGGUGUAUGCUACUGCCAAGGUGCUCAAGGCAUGCUCUCCCAAAUUUGGCAAGCUGGUGGCAGAGGAAGCCCACAGGAAGGGUUACCUGCGCUAUGUGCACUCCAGGAUUAUUGCUAAUGUAGAGGAGAUCGCCUUCUACAGAGGCCAUAAGGUAGAAAUGACCAAGCUACAGAAGAGUUAUGUGGCAUUAGCAGAUCAAAUGAAUCUUAUUCUGUCUAAACGUCUAUGGUAUGUUAUGAUAGAGCAGUUCCUGAUGAAGUAUGUAUGGAGUGGAAGUGGGCUUGUUAUGGUGGCUGUGCCCAUCAUCACUGCAACAGGGUUUGCAGAUGGAGAUUCAGAAGAUGGGCAGAAACAUGAAAUGGUGAGUGAACGUACAGAAGCCUUUACAACAGCCAGGAAUCUACUAGCAUCUGGGGCUGAUGCCAUUGAAAGAAUUAUGUCAUCAUAUAAAGAGGUCACAGAACUAGCAGGUUACACUGCUCGAGUAUAUAAUAUGUUUUCUGUCUUUAAUGAAGUAAAACAAGGAAUUUAUAAAAAGUCAUCAAUUCAGGAAACACAGAACCAAAUGAAAAAGACAGGACUUCACAUAGAAGGACCUUUGGAAAUUAAAGGCAAAGUAAUCGAUGUAGAGCAUGAGAUAAUCUGUGAAAAUGUCCCAAUCAUUACCCCAAAUGGAGAUAUUGUGGUUUCUAAGCUAAAUAUAAAGGUAAAAGAAGGAAUGCAUCUCCUCAUCACUGGUCCCAAUGGUUGUGGUAAAAGUUCUCUGUUCAGAAUUCUAGGGGGCUUGUGGCCAGUUUACGAAGGUGUUCUAUAUAAACCUCCACCAGAAAAGAUGUUUUAUAUCCCCCAAAGGCCAUAUAUGUCAAUUGGAACGCUAAGGGAUCAAGUAAUCUAUCCUGACUCAGUGGAUGACAUGCAUGGAAAAGGAUAUCAAGACCAAGAUCUUGAGUGUAUUCUUGACAUUGUACACCUAAAUCAUAUUGUACAAAGGGAAGGAGGCUGGGAUGCUGUCUCAGAUUGGAAAGAUGUUUUGUCAGGAGGCGAGAAACAAAGGAUGGGUAUGGCCCGAAUGUUCUACCACAAGCCACAAUAUGCAUUGCUAGAUGAGUGCACAAGUGCUGUGAGCAUAGAUGUGGAAGGAAAGAUAUUUCAAGCUGCAAAAGAUGCUGGGAUAAGCCUCCUUUCCAUAACCCACCGUCCAUCUCUUUGGAAAUACCACACUCACUUGUUGCAGUUUGAUGGAGAAGGUGGAUGGCGGUUUGAACAACUGGAUACUGCCACACGUUUAUCAUUAAGCGAAGAAAAACAAAGACUUGAGUCUCAGCUUGCUGGAAUACCUAAAAUGCAGCAGAGAUUGAAUGAACUGUGUAAAAUCCUAGGAGAAGACUCAGUGCUUAAAACUGUUUGUGAAGAUGAGUAACUCUUUCAGGUGUCAUUGUCCACUCUGUAUUAUUAUUUUUUACACAAGUUUACACAGAUACAAAGACUAUAAUGUAUUUUGUAAUGAAUGUACUCUGUGCAUGGUAAGAGAUAUUGGAACCUGGGUUGAAAGGAUGGAUGAAUAAAAGAACAAAUAAAUAUUUAAAAAAAAUAUUAAUAAUAUGCCUAAAUAAGAGGUAACAACGCUUCAGAUUUAAAGAAUCUGGAUUUUAUGCUACAGUCUCUUUUUACUUUUACAACUGAUCAAAUGCAGUAGACAACCCCUUAUUUAGCUAUUGUACCACUUGCUUUUACCUCUUCUUCAGAGAUAUAUUGUAAUUCUGCAUUUUUCCUGCAGGACACUGUAGUGUAAGCAACCCUGACAUUGUACUUCCCCUGCUAGAAUUAUCUAUUUGCAGGCAAUUUGCCAGAAAGGAAAGCAUCUGUGAUUAGAUUCAGAAAGGUGCCACUUUAAGGAGCUGUCCACAUUGCACAACAGCAUUAAAGGAAAUGUAUAAUCAGAACAUUACAUGUUAUACAAACCUUUUUUGUGAGUUUUGCUGAUUUUUAUUUAUUUUUUACUUUCCAUGUCACUAUAUGCAAAAAUGUUGAAAUACUAUAAUUAUCAAUCUGGCCACCAAAGCACUCACAAUAGGUAGACUUCGUGUUUUAGGUAGCUAUAUUUUUAACUAUGCUUUGAAGGCUAGGGUGGGUUAGCAGAAUCACCUUCUUAUCAUUGGAGGAAGGGGUAACAAUGACAACAGAAGGCAGCUCUUUUGUACUACUAAAGACUCCAUACACACCAUCCUAGACUAGACAGCUGAGGUAUGCAGUUUUCUAUGUACUUGGCGUAAGAAUAAUCCAAACACCUCACUGUCUAUUCAAUUAAAGAAUUGCAAAAUAGUCCCCUAUUAUAGAGAGUUCAGCAAAGUUAUCAAAAUAAAAAAAAAAAUGCCAGUUGUGUAUUUACAGUACACACACAAAUGCUCUUAUAGAUGUCCCCUUUUUGUAAAAAGUGCCCCCUCUUUAUGUGAAUAAAUAAGUCUAACAUAGUAUAUUUAUUUGUUUAUCAUUACACAUGGAUAAGAGUUGAUUACCUUUUGACUAAGGAACUAUUUGCUAUACACACUUCAAGCCACAGUUCCCCCUGUACAUGCCAAUCACAGUUCACUCACAUGAUUGCCAGUCACAGGCUCCCAGUUAUUGUCAGCCACAUUUCCCUCCUGUAAUUGCUAGCCAGCUCCCAUAAUUUCAACUACAGUUGCUCAGUUCCCACUGCAGUUUUAGAGAAUAAGUUCACCUCCCAUGCUCUGUGCCUUCUGUAUGACGAUCUAUGGAGUAGUCUUUACCAACUCUAGACAGUAACUCUAUAGACAAUUGCAGUCCUGAUAAAAAAAUAUAUAUAUAUUUUUUUUUCCCGGUCGCCAUGACAGCAACACCUGAGAGAGGGACUCCGCCCCUAGGGACAGGAAACCUGAGGAUAAAAAGAAGAAACCUCCUCCUCGGCCUCAGUGUGUUUCCCGUGCCUAAGGAAGCCUAUCUGGGGCAGGAGUCCCUGUCCCAGGUGUAGGAUGAAUGCCGAGGGCAUGCCGAGGCUAUACUAAAUCCCUGUAGUCUCAGAGUAUGGGUGGUCCUGAUCAGUCUCCCUAGUCUGGGAGUUGUACGUCUGGCUCCACUUCGCCUGCCCGUUACCUGCUGGUGUCCGGUGUCUCACACAGGUCCGGGCGGGCGGCGGAGUAACAGAGCACGUUCCUCUGCACGUGUCUACAGGGUGCAACGAGCUACACAGGAGGAAAAACCGUUUUGCAGUGUGGAAGUGUGGUCUGAUUUAGACCGCAGCCGCAUAGGACACCAUCCUCCGUUGUGGAUGCCAGCCAGCAAUUGCAGCCUGCAUGCAUGAGCUCCAAGGAGGACCCCAGACGGGACCCUGCUGAAUCUGUUCUCUGUAGCCAGUGUUUCCUUAGUGUAUCCGUUUCAUUUUGGGGAUAUUUUUUUAUAAUACCUUGUUUGGUCUUGUUUAAUACAUGUAGUGUAAUACAUGAGUGUAAUACAUGUAGAACAAGGUUACCUCAGGCCUAUGAAAAGACGACUUGUCCAUCAUGUGUGGCCAUGGUUUUCUCAGCCAUGAUUCCUUAAAAACAGAUUAAAAUUCUGCUCCUACUUCGGCUCCUACUCCUGAAACCACUAUUUCCACAGUUGUGCAACCAACGGGGUCAGAGGAGGAAGAAAUUGCUGUAGAGAUGGCAGAAUCUGAUGAGGAUUCCUCUUCAGUUGAGGACACUACUUCAGGGAGGCCUUUCUUUCAGUCAGAAGACACUGGUAAUUUAAUUAAAAAUAUACGAUUAACCAUGAAUAUAGAAGAAAAAUCAAUCCAGGACAUUAUGUUUGAAGGAUUAGAGCCAAGAAAACAUAAAUCCUUUCCCAUCCAUAGAUGCAUUUCUGGGUUAAUCAAAAAGAAAUGUGAAAAUCCUGAAAAGAAGGCCUUCCUCUCCAGAGCAUUUGACAAUACUGAGUUAACGGAAUGGGAAAAGGUGCCUAAAAUAGCCGUAGAAAUUUCCAAAGGCUCCAGGAAAGGUGCCCUUCCUUUAGAGGACUUAGGAGUUCUCCAGGACCCUAUGUACAAAAAAUCGGAAACCUUUUUGCGUAGAACCUGGGAAGCCGCCACUGCCUCCUUUAAGCCUAAUGUGGCGGCUUCCUGGGUUGCUUUGAUUCUUUGGGUGGAUCAGCUAUCCUCAGACAUUCAGAAUCAAGUCCCUCAUGAAGAAUUAUUAAAUGCCAUGCCUUUUAUUAAAAAAUCUGCAGCAUUUCUGGCAGACGCAUCAUCAGAUGCUCUUAGGUUAUCAGCCAGAACUGCAGCGCUUUCUAAUUCUGUCCGCAGGACUCUAUAGCUAAAGACCUGGCUUGGUGACAUCACUUCAAAGAAGAAACUUUUUUUUAUCUUCCUUGUGAGGGAAAAUUACUGUUUGGAAAAGCAGGGGAUAGGAAGAAAAAUUUUCCCUUUUUUCCUUAUAAAUCCAAACAGUAUUUUCCCCCCAACAGAAAAUCUAGGGGCGUAGAUCUGAAGAUACUUCAAGAUGGCGUUUUCCCAAAAAAUCCAAAGGGUAUCUCUUUAACCAGGCCUCCACAAGUUCCAAAAAAUCUAGUCAGCAAUGAGAGUCUGGGACGAGUCGGGGGCAGACUGAGAAAGUUUGUGGCAGAGUGGGAAAAAAUUUCAAACAAUUCUUGGGUCUUAAGCACCCUAAAAGAGGGUCUCUGCCUGGAGUUUCUCAGUCUCCCUCCGACUCGCCUAAGAGUGACAUCAAGUCACUCGGGUCCCACAAGGUUAAUAGCACUUCAAAAAGAAGUUAUGUCCUUGCUUAAAAAGCAGGUUCUUGUCCCAGUACCUCAGGAAGAAGUAGAGUUGGGUUUUUACUCUACCCUCAUUUUGGUAAAAAAAAACGACAAUACUUUCCGUACCAUUAUAAAUCUAAAGCCUCUAAACCAGUAUCUCGUCUACAAAAAGUUCAAAAUGGAGACAGUAAAGUAAACAGUGAACCUGUUAACAAAAGACUGUUUUAUGGUCUCUAUAGACUUAAAAGAUGCCUAUCUACAUUUCCCAAAACAUCCAGAUUACCAGAAGUAUUUAUGCAUAGCAUUAAAAUUAGAAACAGGACUAACUCACCUAUAAUUCAGGGCCUUGCCGUUUGGAAUAGCCGUAGCCCCCAGAGUGUUCACCAAAGUAAUAUCCGAGAUGGCAGCACACAUCCGAGAAGGGGUAGGCUUAUUCGUCCCAUACUUAGUCACAGAAUUUCUAAUCACACUAUUGCAAUCCUAAAAAAGUUAGGUUUGAUUAUAAAUUGGGGAAAGUAAUCCCUGGUCCCAGAAAACUCUUUCUAGGCAUAAUCCUAGAUUCUCAGCAACAAAAGUCUUUUCUUCCAGACCAGAAAAAAAAAAAAUCCAAAACAAAGUGAGGGAAGUAUUGACUUGCCAGUCCAUUUCCAUAAGAAAGGGGGAUGUCGUUGUUGGGCCUAUUAACUGCAGCUAUUCAAGCAUCACCUUGGGCUCAAUUCCACUCAAGGGCUCUACAAGAAAAUCUACUCAGCUGUUGGAACGGUGCAGUAGAAAGCCUAGAUGAAAUGUUUCCUCUAGCUCACAAAACCAAAGACUCGCUUCUCUGGUGGUUAAUAGAAAGCAAUCUGAGCAAAGGCCUAGACUGGGUCCUAGGAAGUCCAAAAAUUCUCACAACGGACGCAAACCCUUGGGGAUGGGGGGUGCAUAUUGGAGAAUUAAGUUUUCAGGGUCAUUGGGAUCCUCAAGAGUAUUCCCUUUCUUCAAACACUAAAGAACUGGCAGUCUACUAUGCUCUAAAGGAAACGCAACACCAGCUGUACCAAGAAAACAUAAAGAUUUUUUCAGACAAUACAACUACAGUGUUGGUUAUAAAGCGCUGGGGCACUACAAAAAGCGAGUUGCUUAUGCAGAUUGGAGAAUUUUUUUUUACUUUGCAGAACCAUGUCUCCAUUCUUUGUACGCUGUGCAUUUGAAAGGAGCUUUAAACACAAAAGCAGAUUACCUAAGUCGCCAACAAUUACAUCAAGGUGAGAGGAGAUUGAAACCAGAAAUUUCCAAACAAAUAUGCAGUCCUUUGGGGAUUGCCAGAAAUAGAUUUAUUGGCCACAAAAAGCAACAGACAAGUGCGAAAAUUGGGCAGUGGAUGCUCUAACUCAGCCCUGGAAAUGGGAACUAGUAUACAUAUUCCUUCCUCUUCAGUUGCUUCCCAGAAUAAUCAAGAAAAUAAGAAUGGAGUAAAAGUAAUCCUGUUAGCUCCCCUUUAGCCACGCCAGGCGUGGUUUUCAGCGCUGAGAAAGCUAUCAAUGUCGGAUCCCUGGGUUCUUCCGCAAUUGCCAGACCUUCUAACCCAGGGUCCAGUGUCCAAUCCGCAUUUGAGAAGUCUCCAGCUGACAGAUUGGCAUUUGAGAGGAUGAUACUCAGGGACCAAGGUAUUUCAGAUAUGGUAAUAACUACUUUACAGGCCAGCAAAAGCAAUAACUAAUAAGAUCUGUUUCAGAGUUUGGAAGACUAUUUAGAAUUUUCUUAACCAACCUAUUUCUGCAAAAAUCUGUCCCGGACAUUCCAAAAAUCUUUUUUCGCAAACAGGUCUGGAUAAGGGUUUGAAAAUUGCCACUUUAAAGGUUCAAGUGUCUGUUUUGGGAGCUUUGUAUAACACCAAAAUUGUGGAUCACCCCUGGGUAAUAAGAUUUUUUAAGGCACUUAAAAGGCUUUCUAUUUCUAGGGUCCCGAAAGUUCCCUUGUGGGAUUUUUCUUUAGUAUUGAACGCAUUCCUUUCAGAACCUUUGGAUGUCAUUCCUCAAAAAUGUUUUGUCCUUAAAGGGGUUUUCCGGGCAAAAACAUCUUAUCCCCUGUCCAAAGGAUAGGGAAUAAGAUGUCUGAUCGUGGGGGGCCCCGCUGCUGGGACCCCCCGCGAUCUCCCUGAAGCACCUGCAUUCUAUGCGGGGCUGCGUCUCCAGUUUCUUAAACCUCCCUUAGACAUGAAUGGAGGGGGCGUGGCGUGAUGUCACAUCCCCAGUCCCGGAAACCCAGAGGUUUCCGAAAUUGGAGACGCAGGCCUGCAUAGAAUGCGGGUGCUGCAGGGAGAUCGCAGGGGGCUCCCAGCAGCGGGCCCCCCGCGAUCAGAUGUCUUAUCCCCUUUCCAAAGGAUAGGGGAUAAGAUGUUUUUGCCCGGAAUACCCCUUUAAAACUUUACUUUUAGUAGCAGUUACCACCGCUAGGAGGGUAGGUGACCUUUCAGCCUUAACCAGUGGGGAACCUUAUACAAAGAUUUUGGAAGAUAGCAUAGUAUUUCUCACCGAUCCUGCCUAUCUUCCUAAAGUUGUCUCCACUUUCCAUGUAUUACAAGAAAUUGUACUCCUGUCAUUUUGUUCCAAUCCUUCUAAUGACAGAGAAAGGUUCUUUAGCACCUUAGAUGUUAAAAGGUGUGUCCUUAAAUAUCUAGAAAGAACUAAGGAUUUCAGAAAUUGUAAUGUUCUUUUUAUUCAAUUUGCAGGGAAAAAUAAGGGCAAGAGUUCUAGUAGUAAUUCCCUGUCUAAGUGGAUUAAACAUGCUAUUAGUUUGGCAUAUUCAGUGUCAGGUUUACCUGCCCCACUUGAUCUUAGAGCUCACUGAACCAGAGCUGUAGCCGCCUCUUGGGCGGAAAGAAGGGGCGCUUCUAUAGAUCAGAUCUACCUACCUGGUC